AUGGCGUCAGCAAAGAUGGCUCUGUUUGUGGCCGUGUGCUUAGCCGCCGCCAUGAUCCAGACGUUGAACGCGGACCCGGCCGUGUACGACCCCGUUUGGCAGAAGCGCGCCGAGGAAGCCAAGAAGAACACCAUGAAUGCUUACAUACCGGACGUCAUGGAAGUCAGCAACGACAAGAACGCCGGCGACACCACCGUCGUCGUCGAGUCCGCUGCCGGACAGGCUCCGCUUGCAGCUGUCGCCGGAGGUGCCGCCACCAGCCCUGCUCCUGCAGUCGCGGAGCCAACAGGCGACAAGAAAGUUAGUGGCAAUUAA